AUGACGUCUGCUAAAUCCAUGGCGGCUUGGUUUAGGGUUUUGAAGGAGAUGUUCCAGAGAGGAGAGAGGUUUGUUGAUCUGAGAAGAUCUGAGCAGUUAGGCUACUGGAAAAAAAGUUUCUCUCUGUCGGAAAUCGCAGUUCCAAAUUGUGCCUUAAAAAUGGAACGUUGCGUCAUUCAGCUAACAUGCAUGUCUCCAACUGAUUACGAGCCUUACACACCCAACUACAAAGAAACUCCAUACAAGAAACCAGUUUUGGCGGUUACUGCCGGGGUAUAUCUUCCUGAGCACGAACACAAGCCUAAACAUGAAUACAAGUAUGCUUCUCCAUCACCACCAGCUUACGUUGCUCCUAUGUACGAAUACUCAUCACCACCACCACAUGUUUACGUCGCUCCAAAAUACCCAUCAACCAAGUAUACUCCCAAAUAUGUGUACGCGUCACCACCACCACCAGUUUACGUGGCUCCCAAAUACCCAACACCAACAUACACUCUUAAAUAUACCUACUCAUCACCACCACCACCAACUUACGUCACUCCCAAAUACCCAACACCAACAUAUACUCCUAAAUAUACCUACUGA